CUGCUUUUGUUGUUGCAGUUGACAGGAGGCACACUAACAAGGAAGUAUAUUUAUGAUAAAAAUGUUAAAAUCAGUGUAAGCCUUCUGUAACAAUGGGCGAUUUUUCAUGGAAACCUGCAAAAAAGAAAUAUGGUGUUGUCAUCCACCGUUAUGAAGCGGGCUCUGUUCGUGCCAGCAUCCCACUGCAGAUUGGUGAAACAGUGCACAUAUGGGAGGUCUACAGCAGUGCAGGACGUGGGAGUGCAACAUGGUAUCGAGGCUACUCCCUGAGCAACAGAUGCAAAAAGGGAAUAUUUCCUGCUUCCUACAUUCAUCUGAAGCAUUGUCGGGUGGAUAAUGAAGGGCCGUAUGAGUCGAUCACCCCCGAUGAAGACUGCGUCAUCACAGAGGUCACAUUUGUUCUCAGGGAGUGGAAUGUGGCAUGGAAGAAACUCUUUGUGAAUAAUGGAUCCCUGUUUAAGUCUCUACACGAAGUGAUGCUGCAGCUGAUUAAGAUCCGGGGAAAGCUGAUAUCCAACACACUAACGAAUGACAAGGCGCAGGAGGUCAAAGAGGAAAUGAUAUCUCUCAUUGAUUGGGGAAAUGGAAAACUUGGCAUGGACCGAGUUCCCCGGAUAAACGGAGAGCAGGUGGAUGCAGACAAACUGAGUGCCAUCAAACUAUAUCGAAUUCACAAGCAGAGUGAGAGUGAAAGUGAGUCCAAAGAUGACCAACAUGGAGAUCAGGAGACUAUGCUAGAAAAACCGCCACAGAGUUCUCAUGUUGCCACGAAGACUCGUCCGAAAUCUAACCUCACAGCAUCUUCAAUGACCCAUUUCUUGUUCAGCUUCAAACACUUUGUGUCUGUGAAUAUUGGAGAAGAGUCAGAAACAUUUCUCUCUCUGUAUGAUGCAGAUACAAAUACUUUUAUCAGUGAGAAAUUCUUGGUUCGAUAUUCAAAGCAAGGAAUGCCAGUGGACAUGAAAAAACUUGACGACAAUAAUUGUUUGUUUACAGACCUAAGUGAAUCUGACAAGAAGAAAAACCUGUUUCUGGUGGUCCAGAUAUACAGAUAUGGAUGCACAAAUGUGAAAUCUCCAGUGUCUGAAGGACGUGUUCUGAUGGAGUCAAGCAAAAAAGUUCCAACGUUUAAAUACAGGCGGCCUUGGGGUGUAGCAGUUUUGAACUUGAAAAGUUUUACGGGAAUGAGACUUGAGGAAGAGCUUGAGAUUACACUUCCCAUACACAGAACUGACGACAGUGAAUCUUCUCACUCACACAUCCAUGAAGUUUUGAUUAAACGUCAACUUCAGACUCCUGGAAGGCCUCCACCUGAGAAACAGAAUAUUAGUCUUGCUCUGGGUCUGAAAUUACUGAAUGGUGACUUGGCCAAACUGAAAGUUAAACAUCCCACCUUAUUUAAAAAGUGCUGCAUCGUACAGCAGAUGACAUUUUCAGAGGUUAUCAACCCAGAUGAAAUGCGGAAUGACCUGUACAUAGGCUUGUGCAGCGGUGAUUUUGAUCGUGGCAAUAAGAAGGCUGCAAAAAACAUAGAGAUCAAGGUGACAGUGUUUGACAGUGAGGACAACGAAAUUCCCGAUUGUAUCUCAGGUGGGUGCGGUGAACCUCCGACCACCCACUACUUCUCCACAGUGUAUUACCAUAGCAACAACCCAAAGUGGAAUGAAAUCAUAAAGCUUUCCAUUCCUAUAGAGAAGUUUAUUGGAGCCCAUGUUAGACUGGAUCUUUGCCACUGUUCAACUCGAGACAAGAGUGAGAAGAAGCUGUAUGGGUUUUCUUUCAUCAACAUCACGUCCAACAACAACAUCACCCAGCCCGACGGAACACACGUUCUGUGUGUGUACAAGUGUGACAACAUUCAGAAACUGAAGGAGUACAAACAUCUGCCCACAUUUCCAGAUGACUACAAUGACUCAGCAAUAAUUCCACGCCUGCCCGCUAACAUUCCAUUCCAGAGAACUGUCAAGGAAUCCAUUACUGUCUCCACAUUCCUCUGCUCCACCAAGUUUACUCAGAAAUCGGAGCUGUUAGCCAUCCUACAGUGGACACCAUCACAAAAGAACCCAGAACAGUGUCUUCGCAAUCUCAUUAACCUCAAAGGUCAUGAGGUCAUCCGGUAUCUACAAGAUCUUUUGGAUUCACUGUUCAACAUGUUUGUGGACCAGAAAGGAACUCGUGUUCCAUUUGCUCUGGAAGUCUUUCAUGCCUUGGUGCACAUCUUGAGCCUGUUGGGAGAAGACGAGUUCAAAAACUUUGACUGUGUUUUUCAGGCUUACCUAGGAAACUUCUCCUAUCCUCUUGUUCACAGAGAUCUGAUGUACUGUCUGCUGUACAAAAUGGAGAUGGCAGCCAGACGGGAAGACCUGAACAGUGAGUUCAAGAUUGAUCAGGUUUUUAUGGUAUUGGAAGACCUGUUUAAAUUUACUGUCAAGUCAUGCCAGCUUUAUCAAGAAGGCUGGACAAAAACACUGAACUUGAAAAGCAUUUUUGAAGGUUUUGGAAAAAUCUUAUGUUCAACAGAAGAAUCUCUCAGGAAAACACAGAUAACAUUGCUUGACCAGCUUCACAAGAUAUUCCCUUCACUGCUGGAGUUGAUAUCGAGACCCGACCUCACUGAAAUGCUCAUGGAUCUGUGUUGCAGUAUGCCCAGGGACAUUCACCCAAGUUUGAUUGAAGCAAGGAUGAGAAUGGCACAGAAAAAUAUUGGCUCUGAAUUGUUCACCAAGCCAGAUACACGCAAGAAAAUCUUACAUCUCAGUUUGAACAUGAUUACGAUGUGCAUGGUAAUGAAACAAAGCUUAACUGUGGCAUCCGAGGCAUUUGGAGAUAUCCUGGAUAUAUAUUCCAAACUCGAACUGUCAAAUGAAGUGAAUGAUGACCGGAGUAAGAUCAUCACGAUAAUGUUUGAUAUCACCAUUCAGACACUGCUGCAGCUGAGUGAGGAGACACAGAGAAAGCAAGUUGGGGGACUUUUGACAUCCUGCUUAAUAGAGAUGUUGCGGAUGAUGGAAGACCGGCAUUACAACCAACUCAUAUCCAGUUUUUCCAAUGAUAAGGAUCUCAAAAGAUUCCUGAUUUAUGUUCUGUGCGAGUUCCGCGAAAUGAUCAAGCAUGCCUUCUUCUCCGAUGACUGGACGACCAUGAGGCUGGUGUCGAAUCAUACACUGUUGACAGCUAUUCAGUAUAUUGCUCAGUCUUUGACCCAGAACUUUCUCACUGGUGAUAAGUUUGAUGAACAGCUGUGGAGUAAUUACUUUGAAUUGGCGGUCUCAUUCGUCACACAGCCCAGUUUACAGCUGGAACUCUACUCGGAGGCCAAGAGACACAGCAUCAAGGACAGAUAUCAGGACAUGAGAGUUUUGAUUGGACUACAGAUUCAGACAUUGUGGAAUGGACUAGGUGACCACAAGAGACACUUCAUCCCUUCAAUGGUGGGACCUUUCCUGGAAGUCACCCUAGUACCGGAGCGAGAUUUGCGGAAAGCUACCAUCCCAAUCUUCUUUGACAUGAUGCUAUGUCAUCAGCAACUGCAUGGCAACUUUGAAAUAGUUGAGAAUGAAUUUUUCGAGAAGCUGGACAUGUUGAUAACCAACAACUACGGUGACUGUGAUUACAAGACCCUUUUCCAGUCCAUAUUGCUGGACAAGGUGCAGACGGAGCCAUCUCUGCGGGAGGAUGGAAAGAGAUUUGUGGUGUCGGUCACCAGUCUGCUGGACAAGCUACUUGACUACAGGCAAGUUUUGGAUGGUGAAGACAAUGAAGACAAGAGAAUGCACUGCACAUUUAACAUCCUCAAUUUCUACAAGGACAACAUUAAUCGUGAGGAGAUGUAUAUUCGCUACAUCAACAAACUGUUUAAUCUUCACCGCGAGGCCAACAACUUCGUUGAGGCCGGUCUGACAUUGCAGCUGUAUGCGCAACUUCUACAGUGGAACGACGACCAACUUGAGACAGAGUUUGGAUACAAGAAACAGAAACAGUGGGAGCGGAAAGAGGCACUCUACCUCAAAGUUAUCGAUUGUUUUGACUUUGGAAAGGCAUGGGAAUAUGGAAUCCCCUUGUGUAAGGAGCUGGCUGAAGUCUAUGAAAAGAAACUCUUCUACAAGAAGCUGAGUGACAUUCUACAAAAGCAGUCUCAAUUCUUCUUGAACAUUCUCAACAGUCUGACAAGCCGACAGAAGCCGUCGUAUUUUCGUGUGGUCUACUAUGGCAAAUCAUUUCCACCAUUCAUCAGAAACAAGGCAUUUAUCUACCGUGGUGAUGAGUGCAUGAAGCUAGACUCUGUGAAACAAAACCUACUUGCGGAAUACCCCGCGGCUACCAUCCAUGGUAACAAACCAGUGGACGACAGCAUACGAGAAGAAGAAACUCAGUACAUACAGCUGUGCAGUGUGAAGCCGAUACCUAGCCCAAGACCCGAGUUUGCCGGCCUUGAUGUCCCUGCUGAGAUCAGGAGUUUCUAUGAGUACAACGAAGUAGAUACAUUCCAGUUCGAUAGACCCUACAGCAAGGGGGAGAGAGACAGAAACAAUGAUUUCAAGACUCUGUGGUUGGAACGGACGAUCAUGAAGACGACCUACAAACUGCCAGGCAUCCUGCGCUGGUACGAGGUGAUAGACACUCAGGUGGUGCACCUCAGUCCCAUCAGCACGGCUAUCGACAACAUGAGGACCGUGAACGCGGAGCUGCAGCACGUCGUCGCACACUGCACCGAUAACAAGGUUGUCUUCUUCAAGCAGCUUGAGAUGAAGCUACAGGGCAUGAUUAGCGCCGCAGUGAAUGGUGGGAUCCCCAAAUAUCAAGAGGCAUUUUUCUGUAAAGAAUUCAAAGACAAACACCCAGAAGAAAGUGGAAAAGUUAUGGAAUUGCAACAUGAACUAAUGGUGCAGAUUAAGCUGUUGAAGCGUGGUCUCCGGAUACACGGGGAUCUAGCUCCUGAAGACUUGAUGCCUCUACAUGAAAGUCUGGUCAAGCUCUUCGAGAAGAUGGAAGCAGAAGUCGGCCACAUGAGUUCACCGAAAUCAAGCCAGCUGCUUCGCAAUACAGUGUGUAGCACCAGCCCAGCUAGACCUGGCACCCCAGGCAACAUCUCGCAGCAUUCCAGUGGGGGGAGCAGCAGUCGGUCUUCUGGAGUAUCAAGUGAUGCUGUUUUUCAGGAUGAUGAUAAUGUGUAUUCAGAACCUGACGACAUUGAUCUUCCUCCACCACCCCCAGAGAAACAGCGAGCUGGCUCCCACUGGUCUAUUUUGAGAUUGAGGAACCAUCACACUGCCCCUCCUAUUCCCUCUCGCCCCUUUUCAGGUGUAAUUUGUGCAGAUGCCGUUGACCAGAUGAACAGCGUGCUGAAUAUGUCACAUACGUCCACUUCAAGUGAAACAGCCUUGAACAAGAUGCCACUGACACCUACAGGUCUGUCCAGUUCUGUGUCCAGCAGUCACCUUGAUACCGGGUCCAAGAUGUUCCAGCAAAAUCUGCAUCGCUUCACUUCGAUUCCUGAUACUUCAGUCCCAAAGAGUCCGGCACCUCCUCUUCCCAGGAGGAAAGGUUCAGUUCCACAAAUAUUGUUUCCACAAAAUGAGGCGGCAUUUUCCACAAAACAACACAGGAAAUCUUUACCAUCGGUUGGUGAAAUCAUGCCUGAAGAUAACAAUAAUUCGUCCUCGCAGGACAAUCCUAAGAGUGGUGUUGUGAUUCCACCACUUCCACCCAGAGCUUCAGUGCGCCCCGACAUUCCACCUCUCCCCACUGCAAAGUUCCUGUCCCGAACGUUUCAGCCUACGAAGCCAAAUGCCAGUAAUCCGCCGCCAAUCCCAAAAAGGACUAGUCAGUACAAACCUGGGCCCACGAGCCCAACGUCCCCUUCUAACGGUACCAAGCCAGGGCCCCUGUCUCCUUCAGGUGAUGAUAAACAGAGCCCCAAAUCCCAUUUUGGUGAACGAAAACAAAGCGCCCCCUCUCCUAGCAAUACCAAAUUGUGAGACGUGUUUAUAGGCACAUAGAGAACACCAUGACAUUCCAGUUGUCUCACCUCGAUGCUAGCGUUGUUAGUCACUGUCUCCGUGCUGUAAAUCAUUUAGCGAGGCCAUACAAAAUGCUAAUAUUUCAUGACAUUAAUGUUAAAGAGACGUACAAGAGAUUGUUCUGAAAAAUGUUUGUGUGAUUGUUUUCUUCAUGAUUAACAGAACCCACAACAUGCUAUUGAUGAUAACAAUAGUUAGAAAACGUAUUACUGCAGUUUUCUGCUAAAUGUAUAUGUUUGUAAGCUGCAUAAUUUCAAAAUAUAUCAAAAGUAUUCUUUCAGUGGAUCCUACAACUUAAGUGUUGUUUUGUUAUAAUGUCUGUCUGAUAAUGUAGACCUCUGAAUUUUUGUGUCACUAAUACAUGUAUUUCCAGGUUUUUUGUCUGUGUUCAGCUUUGCUGGUAUAAAAUUAUUUGACAUACUAUUAUAUUAUUUUCUGCCGACACAACUUUAAUAAAACAUCUAUUGUGAUAAAGUGCCAUGGCAAAGUGAAUUUUAGCUCAAGCUUACUGCUUUUUUACUCGUGCCAUUUUGAUUUUGCUGAAGCAAUUCUGAAGACUUAUUUUUUACUUAUCACAUGUAAAAAAAAACAUUUUCACGGUAUUCCUUUUCCUUUAUGGAAAUAGUCGUCGUAAUGAAGAACAAAAUAUAUUGAAUUGUGAAAUGAGUGCAUGUUUCAUUUUGGUUGAAGACAUAGUGAAAGUUCAAGAGACUGAAUUUAAACCAAAUUAUAUAUUAAAUUUUGUUAUUAAAAACUCUCAUUUUAUUAGUAUUAAUUGUUACAGUAAUAAGAGUGACAAUAUGCACAAAAAACCCCAAAGGUCCUCUAAAAAUACAGCCUUCUAGUCUUUUUGGUUUGUUCAGGGGAGGGAGAGCCCUGUUAGUAACAUUUUGCCAUAGCCCCAGCUAUUCAUUACAAUGCCAUUAUUUGGUCAUGAGGACCGGCCUCGGUGGUGUCAUGGCAGGCCAUCGGUCUACAGGCUGGUAGGUACUGGGUUCGGAUCCCAGUCGAGGCAUGGGAUUUUUAAUCCAGAUACUGACUCCAAACCCUGAGUGAGUG